UAUCCAAAAGUCCUGAAGAAAAGAAACCAGCGGUACACAGCAAGAGAAGACCAAAAAUAUGUGGACCACGACAUGGUGAAACGAAAGAAAAAGAAAUAGACUGGGGAAAGCGCUGCGUGGAUAAAUUUGAUAUCAUUGGUAUUAUUGGUGAAGGCACUUAUGGGCAAGUUUACAAAGCCAGAGAUAAAGACACAGGGGAAAUGGUGGCACUAAAGAAAGUACGUCUGGACAAUGAAAAGGAAGGGUUUCCAAUUACAGCUAUUCGGGAGAUUAAGAUUCUUCGACAGCUUAAUCAUCAAAGCAUUAUUAACAUGAAGGAAAUAGUGACAGAUAAGGAAGAUGCUUUGGACUUCAAGAAGGACAAAGGUGCAUUUUACCUGGUAUUUGAGUAUAUGGACCAUGACUUGAUGGGACUGCUGGAAUCUGGUUUGGUUCAUUUUAAUGAAAAUCAUAUUAAGUCUUUCAUGAGACAACUGAUGGAGGGCUUGGCCUAUUGCCAUAAGAAGAACUUUUUGCACAGAGAUAUCAAAUGUUCAAAUAUUCUACUAAAUAAUAGAGGGCAGAUAAAGCUUGCAGAUUUUGGGCUUGCUCGGCUGUACAACUCUGAAGAAAGCCGACCAUAUACCAACAAAGUUAUUACAUUAUGGUAUCGGCCUCCUGAACUUCUGCUUGGAGAAGAAAGAUACACGCCAGCUAUCGAUGUCUGGAGCUGUGGCUGCAUCCUGGGUGAACUUUUUACAAAAAAGCCAAUAUUUCAAGCAAAUCAAGAACUUGCUCAACUGGAGCUGAUAAGCCGAAUUUGUGGGAGUCCUUGUCCAGCAGUGUGGCCUGAUGUUAUAAAAUUAGCUUAUUUCAACACAAUGAAACCAAAGAAGCAGUAUCGUCGAAAACUGAGAGAAGAGUUUGCUUUCAUCCCACCAGCUGCAUUAGAUUUAUUCGAUUAUAUGCUUGCUCUGGAUCCCAGCAAGCGCUGCACAGCCGAACAAGCUCUUCAGUGUGAGUUUCUGCGAGAUGUGGAACCAUCUAAAAUGCCUCCUCCGGACCUUCCUUUGUGGCAGGAUUGCCAUGAGCUGUGGAGUAAGAAGCGCAGAAGACAGAAGCAGAUGGGCAUGACUGAUGACUCAACAGCAACGAAAGUCCCUAGGAAGGAUCUGUCUCUGGGCAUGGAUGAGAGCAGAACCAACACCCCACAAGCAAAAACAAGCACUGGACAGCAGUUAAACCAGAAUGAAGUGGCAAUCCUGCUAAACCUGCUACAGUCUAAAACAAGUGUUAGUUUGGCACAGUUUGCCCAAGUGUUGAAUAUUAAGGUAAACCCAGAGACUCAGCAGCAACUAAAUAAAAUAAAUCUUCCUGCUGGAAUUUUGUCAGCAGGUGAAAAACAGUCAGAACAGCAGCAGCAGCCGCCGCCCCCUCCACCCCCACUGCCGGAACAGGAGCCUCUAAAACAGCCGACGAUCACCCAGCCUCCUGUACCACCUGCUCAGCUGAGUCAGCCGAAAGUUGAGACUGACGCUGCCCAGGCAGCUGUACAGAGUGCAUUUGCUGUUCUGUUGUCUCAGUUAAUAAAGGCUCAGCAAACAAAACAAAAAGAUUUUGUGUUGGAGGAGAAGGAAAACGGAUCAGGAAACGAAAUGUCAUUACAACUCAGGCAGCCUCCAGAGCCUGCCACUCCUGUGUCUGUCAGCCGGGACGACGUGGACUCUCCGGCGCCCAGCUACCCACAUCUGAUCAAGUCGUUGUAUACGUCUGCAGGUCAAGAGGAUUUGGUUAGGCAGUCUGAGAUGAGGCUUCUAAACCGAACACCCGAACAGGAGCGCCCUCGGAUCUUGCCUCCAGACCAGCGUCCCCCAGAGCCACCUGAGCCUCCACCUCUCACUGAUGAAGACCUUGAUUAUCGGACAGAGAACCAGCAUUUGCCUAUAACUAACUCUUCAGGAACAGAUCCUCACGCAGGAGUGAAAGCAGCUCUUCUGCAGCUGCUUGCUCAGCAUCAAGCUCAGGCGACAACGGAGGAGCCAGUACAAACGAGCGUGGAUUAUCAGGCUAGAGACUCCUACGUAACAGGGCCAGACUACAAGGAUAACUUUGGAUCAUCUUCCUUCUCAUCUGCCCAUUACGGCAGUAGCGAUGGAAUAGGAAGCGGAUCAUCAGGAGCAUUAGAAAGGAGGAGCUUCCUUGGAAACUCGGAUAUUCAGUCUUUGGAUAACUACAGUACUGCUUCAUCUCACUCUGGUGCUGCCCCUCCUCCGUCGGCCUUUUCGGAGUCCUUUCCCAGCUCAGUAACUGGCUAUGGAGACAUUUACCUCAACACUGGCCCCAUGCUAUUUAGUGGAGAUAAAGACCAUAGGUUUGAGUACAGCCACGGCCCGAUCCCGGUCCUGGGGAGCAGCGGGGACGCUUCCGCGGGGCCGGAGAGUUCCCACACUUUGCCCGCAAAGAUGCACAACUACAGCUACGGAAGUAACUUACAGGAAAAUCCCAGUGGCAUCAGCCACAUGCAUGGACAGACUUGGACUUCUCCUGCCCAAGGACCCGGCUAUUCCCAGGGAUACAGGGGACACAUUAGCACAUCUGCAGUGAGAGGGCGAGGCAGAGGAUUACCGUAUUGAGUAUCUGUUUUUCCUCAGGCACAUCAUUUUUAUCUGGAAAAACUUUUUUUUUUUCCCUAGCUGCAGUUUAAAGCAGCAAUUCAACAGACUUGAAUAAUGUUAAUUCAACAGCUUUAUUUUUAUGUGGAAAAGGGUCUUGCAUACAGUAGGAAAAAUUAAAAAUGCUUAAAACUCAUGCUGUCUGAAAACUAGAUAAAUUGAUUGUACAUGUUCACAAACUCUAGUUCUGAAUUUUAUUUUGUAUUUUGGCAGUUUUAAGUGGAUGCUAAAUUUAGGAACAUCAGCUUUUUAUGGCACUCUUUCAGAUCUUCUGAACUAUGCACAUUUGUGCUUUUUUUGUAAGUUUGGACCAACUUUUAUGUAAAAAAAAAUUUUACAACAAUCAAAGCAGGGCACUGAUUUAUUUGGUAUUUUUCUUUUUACAGAACUACCUUUAGUCAAAGGUCACUGUCAGUCUUUGCACUGCUUUCAGUGUUAUUGUGGAAGGUGUACUUUGUGCUCAUUUCAGAUAAUAAAACACAACCUUUCUCUUGAUGCAAAA